UCAAUGGGGUGAGAGGCACUCUCCCCAAGGCUGGGCUGUGGCCCAACCCCACCCCCUCAGGCUAUGCCAGGGGGGCGUUACCAGGGGCAGCAGGGCAGCACCAGUCCUACCCACCCCUCCAUAAAGCCCUCACAUCCCAGGAUAGCGAGCAGAGCCAAGGCAGGAUGGAAAGGAGACGCAUCACCUCCACUGCUCGUCGCUCCUACCUCUCCUCCUCUGCGGAGAUGGUGGUGGGGGGUCUGACUCCUGGCCGCCGCCUGGGUGCUGGCACCCGCCACUCCCUGGCUCGAAUGCCCACUCCACUCCCGGCCCGGGUGGACUUCUCCCUGGCCGGGGCACUCAAUGCUGGCUUCAAGGAGACCCGGGCCAGUGAGAGAGCAGAGAUGAUGGAGCUCAAUGACCGCUUUGCCAGCUACAUCGAGAAGGUUCGCUUCCUAGAACAGCAAAACAAGGCACUGGCUGCUGAGCUGAACCAGCUCCGGUCUAAGGAGCCCACCAAGCUGGCUGACGUGUACCAGGCCGAGCUGCGCGAGCUCCGGCUGCGGCUAGAUCAACUCACUGCCAACAGUGCCCGGCUGGAGGUCGAAAGGGACAACCUGGCACAGGACCUGGGCACCCUGAGGCAGAAGCUCCAGGAUGAAAACAACCUGAGGCUGGAGGCAGAGAACAACCUGGCCGCCUUUAGACAGGAGGCAGAUGAAGCCACCCUGGCCCGUCUGGAUCUGGAGAGGAAGAUUGAAUCACUGGAGGAGGAGAUCCAGUUCUUGAGGAAGAUCCAUGAGGAGGAGGUUCGGGAACUCCAGGAGCAGCUGGCCCGACAGCAAGUCCACGUGGAGCUGGAUGUGGCCAAGCCAGACCUCACAGCAGCCCUGAGAGAGAUCCGCACUCAGUAUGAGGCAGUGGCAUCCAGCAACAUGCAUGAGGCAGAGGAAUGGUAUCGGUCCAAGUUUGCGGACCUGACAGACGCGGCCGCCCGAAACGCCGAGCUGCUCCGCCAGACCAAGCAUGAGGCCAAUGACUACCGGCGCCAGCUGCAGGCCAUGACCUGCGACCUUGAGUCCUUGCGCGGCACGAACGAGUCCCUGGAGAGGCAGAUGCGCGAGCUGGAGGAGCGCCACGCGCGGGAGGCGGCUGGUUACCAGGAGGCGCUGGCCCGGCUGGAGGAGGAGGGGCAGAGCCUCAAGGAUGAGAUGGCACGCCACCUGCAGGAGUACCAGGACCUGCUCAACGUCAAGCUGGCCUUGGACAUUGAGAUCGCCACCUACAGAAAGCUGCUGGAGGGCGAGGAGAACCGUAUCACCAUUCCUGUGCAGACCUUCUCCAACCUGCAGAUCCGAGGGGGCAAAGGCACCAAAGAAGGGGAAACUCACAAGGUCACAAGACAUCUCAAAAGCCUCACAAUACAAGUUAUACCAAUACAGGCUCAGCAGAUUGUAAACGGAGCCCCAGCUCUCGAAACCAGCCUGGACACCAAGUCCAUGUCAGAAGGCCACCUCAAGAGGAAUAUCGUGGUGAAGACUGUGGAGAUGCGGGAUGGAGAGGUCAUUAAGGAAUCCAAGCAAGAGCACAAGGAUGUGAUGUGAGGCGAGCUCCACCUGGUGGCCUCCACCCUACAGCAUGAGGAGCCUGUGGCAGAAGCAGGAGAGUUCCCCCACUUCUGAUAGCUCAUUUCCCCCGACUUGAGCUCCCACCCACCCUCCAAUCCUAUCCAGCUUGCUGCCCUAGGCUCCAUCAGCAUUAGGUCCGCCAGCAGCACCCACCCAGCACCCAGCAGCUCCAACUAACAGAGCACUUACCCCAGAGAGCCAGUGUGGAGGGGCAUGGCCGGCAGCUUGGAUGAGGACGUAGAAGAGGAGAGACACGGGGUAACUAAUAAAUCAUUUUCCAUAUCCCGGAUCCCUGUUGUUAUGGCAACUGUUGCCAGAGCUUGAGCUCUCAGGAGUUAUCUGGGAACUGGGCCUUUGAGAUUCCUUGGGAAACUGAAACUCAAGACAGGAGGGGGAAGUUCCCACAGGCAAAGCUGCCCUAGCCAGAGGCUUAUUCUUCUAGACUGACCCUGACCACUCUAAGAGUGGGUGGUGAGGGCCUGCUGAGAUCCCAGAGGGGCCUCCUGAGUGACAAUUCAAGUAUGUCAGUCCCACUGAGCUGUCAUCCAGGUCCCCAGUCUGUGGACAUGCUGGGGGCAUGUGGGCACAUGAUUCUUAGCACUUGGGGGAUCUACAGCGUAAGUGGAGAAGGAAGGGAUGCUAGAAGGGAUAGAGAGGGGCUGCCUGGCUCCUAGGUGUGAGUGCAGAGAGGUCAAGCCCUGGAGGAUUCCCCUAUUCAGGCUGAAGGGGGCUGUAGCAGAGAUGGUGGAGGCAGUGGUUGGGAUGGUGCUGGACCCAAGAGUUGGGGGUUGUGAGUGACCAGUUACACUUGGCCUCUGGGUUGUGGGAAUCAGGGAAGUGACUCAUCUUGAAGAUGCUGAAACAGGAGAGAGAGGAGCUGCUGUCCACGGGGGCAGGGCACAACCCUGUUCCAGUUAUAAAGGCCUCUUCCUUGCUGCACAAUCCCAUCCACCCAGACCUCUGAGCCUCGGGGCUGAGCUGCUUCCUGACCCCCUCUCCAUAAUGACCAACUGCUUUCCCAUAACCCAAGGGCUUCUGAGAUCCUUUCUUACUCACACACACUAUGUACCCAGUAUUUUAGGCAGCAGGAAAUUGAGGCAUAAACAAGAGUGAAGACAUGGGCUUGAGUUCCUGUGGCCUGGAGGCCAGGCACUCAGGGCUGAUGCUUCCUCUCCAGAGCUCCCCUCUGCUUUCCCUAGGUAGACUUGUGGGAACAUGGCAGAUAUCUGUGCCCCAAAAUGGAGCCAAUAGGGUCCACUCUAGGACCAUCCUCUCCCCUCUAAGGCUGAAAGGAGAGAGGCAUGGGGGGGGCCCUCCCUCUUCCCAAGACUUGGUACCCUUUCUCAGACUUCUUCCUGUCCCCUGCUGUUAACCUGAAGAGCACUGCUGCUGCUGCCUUUAGUCACUGAGGAAAAAUAAAGACAAAUGCUGUGGCCUUCCCCAGA